UCAAAGGGCCCUAAGUCCACUGGCUUUUAUGCACUAGGUGCACUUGAGUCAGGCACGUAAAGAGCUCAGCAUUGAGACGUGCCAGUCUCUGCUGUUUAUACCGCUGCUAGGAAUAUCUACUGAGGGGCAGAUCUGACAGGACCUUACUAGUGCAGGACGGGGGAAAGCCAGAAUAAUCAACUCUUGUGAAUUUGUUCUUUUUCCAUAGCAAAAAGCAAAGGAUUAAACUUGAAUACGCAUCCCUGUCACUCUACUAAACCGCACAAGAACUUUAUCAAAAUGGCACAGAAGAGGCAGGUGUCUAUGACCCAGGCUAUGACCCUGGCACUGGUUCUGCUCACCUCAGCGGCUUCAGCGGAGGAAUAUGACUAUUACAGCUGGCAAUCUGACAAUUUUCACAGCGGCCGUUUUUACGCCAAGCAGCCGCAGUGUGUGGAUAUUCCAGCCGAGCUGCGGCUCUGCUAUAAUGUGGGCUACAAGAAGAUGAGACUACCAAACCUGUUGGACCACGAAACCAUGCCCGAGGUCAAGCAGCAGGCAGGCAGCUGGGUGCCACUCCUGGCGAAACGCUGCCACGCUGAUACGCAGGUGUUCCUCUGCUCGCUGUUUGCCCCGGUGUGCCUGGACCGGCCGAUCUACCCGUGUCGCUCUCUGUGCGAGGCCGUGCGGGACAGCUGCGCACCGGUCAUGGAGACCUACGGCUUUCCCUGGCCGGAGAUGCUGCAGUGCGAAAAGUUUCCCAUCGACAACGAUCUGUGCAUUCCCAUGCAGUUCGCGGGGGGUCACGCCACUCAAACUCCAGUUUCAAAAGCCUGUCCACCCUGUGACAACGAGUUAAAAGCCGACACCAUAAUGGAACAUUACUGUGCCAGUGACUUUGCUCUCAAGAUGAAGAUUAAAGAGGUAAAAAAAGACAAAGGAGACCGCAAGCUCAUCGCAGCACAGAAGAAGAAGAAGGUUCUGAAGAUGGGAGUAUUGAGGAAGAAGGACUUAAAGAAGCUCACACUGUACAUCAAGAACGGAGCAAACUGCCCCUGCUCACAGUUGGACAACCUCGGGAGCAACUUCCUCAUCAUGGGCCGUAAGGUGGACCAGCAGUUGCUGCUCAUGUCCAUCCACAAGUGGGACAAGAAGAGCAAAGAGCUCAAAUUUGCCCUUAAAUACAUGAAGUCUCAUCAGUGUCCCACCUAUCACACCGUCUUCCAGUGACACUUUCAGAAAUCUUCCAGAGACUGUUUCUAAUUCAGACACAUUUUAUUACAUAACAAGUGGCUUUUGGAAACUGCUUAGGACUAGUUCAUUUCAAAAUGGCUGCACGCUCUUGUCAUUCCAAACUAUCGUGACUUUCUUUUGAUGAACACUGAAUUGUGAAGAAUUCAAACUGGUUGUAGUUUCCAUGCAGAUCAUAAAGGGCACCAAAGCUCAUUUUUUGGUCCGUUCCUCACGCAAAGCUAUGGUAUGGCUUUAGACUUGGAAUACUGCAUAGUGCAUGAGUCAUUUGGACUACUCAUGAUUUAUUUUAUAGUGGUUUUGUGUUUUAUGUGAGGCCUGGUUUUGGUCCAAAUUUAUAGUACAGCGAUACAAAAUAGUGACCAGUUUAGUUCUUUAAAAUAAUUUUUUGUGUUCCAUGGAAGAAAGUCGUAGGUUUGGAAAUGACUUUCAUUGUGACAGUGCUUUUAUAUUUUGGUGAACUAGUCCUUAAUUCCAUCAACAUGUACAGCUACAUUUUAUUUCUGUAUCUGCAUAAAAGGAAUUCUGUAUGAGCGAUCAGCGCACUUAAGAUGCAUAUUUUAGCGAAACUUUCAAGGUUCCCUCAGUCACAACACAACGUCCAAGAUAAGUCACUGCACAAAAUGAGUUAACAAAAGCUUUCAACAUGAGAGCGUACGGUCAAUAAGCAAAUAUUUAUUUGCUAUGGCCAGGAUUCAAUUAAACAAAUGGGAAUAAAGACAUUAACAGUGCCAACAGGUUUUCACUUCUAUCUUGUAGAUAAGGAAUAAAAGUUUUUAUUAUAUAGAUGAAGGUACGAUUGUGAUCAUUAGCACGUGACACGGCUCCGGUUGUGGCUUGAAUCUUGGGAGGUAAGAAAGCAAAUGGAUUGAAAGUGCUUUUGACUGUUGGUCAGGACAGCGCCCAAAUAUGUCGACCGCAGUCUGUGAGCGAAUCUGGACCAUUUUGGUGUUCUAAGAGAGCCCGUCAUAUCAGCCAAGCUUAUGACAGACUCUGGACUCAUAUAAGCAGUUUGGUUGCUGAGGUUUUUUGGGCCUUCUAAUGCUUUCUAAACAGUAUGCAACAUUCUUUUUCUACUAAAAUGAUUAUCUAUUGCUUUAAAUAUACAUACGUGGUAUGGAAAAAGCCUUUUGUUGAGUUCACUGUAAUAAAGCUAAAAUUGUAAAAGUGUUAGGACUGUUUAAUAAGACACUAUAAACAUUGUAAAGGUCUCAUUUAAUUGUUUUUGUAACAGCAUCACAGGGAUUUUUGUUUUACCAGCAGCUACUCUGUUAUCGUCCAAUUUCUGGUUUAACACUCAAGAAGUACACUUAAAAACACACAGUCAUCAUUUCCUCACCAUUUCAAACUGCAUAAGACAACAAAAAAGAUAUUUUGAAGGCGGUGCCCAUUGACUUAAGUUGGAUCUGUGUCCGUACGAUAGAAGUCAAUGGGUACUGCCGUUGUUCGGUUACCAGCAUUCUUAAAAAUAUCUUCUCUUGUGUUUUGCAAAAUAAAUUAAGUCUUACAUGUUCGAAAUGACAGGAGGGUGAGUAAAUGAUGACAGAAUUUUCAUUUUUGGGUGAACUAUCCCUUUAAACCAAAACAACAAAUAGGCUUCAUAACAAGUUUAUCCUGCAAGCUAAAUUAAUUAUUUUAAAAAUGCUUUAAAAAAAAUUGAGUCAUUUUUGAUGUUUUGAUAAAAUCAAAUAAGCCACCAAAGGUUUUUACUUGGUCCAAGUAAGUUUAAAAGAACUGCAGCAUAGAACUGAAUCAGAUCUUACAAACUUGAAAGUAUACAAAUUUGAAAGUAAGUGGAGACCGAGUGGCAUGAGAGGAGAGAGCCAGAGAGACACAAACAUGAGAUAACUGUGAAGAACAGAAAGAGUCCUUGCAUGAAAGCUUAUCAGACGGACAGUCCCGGCCCCUCAAUCUCAUCCCUCUGUCAUCAUCUCAGCAAAGGUCACUUACCGUAAUUAAAAAGGGCCUGAUGGCUGGAGACAGGAGGAACAGGGCUCAGCUUUGUGCCAUAAGGCCCAUGGCAUAAACAACAGCCCAGCACACCAGCAAAUCAAAAGAUCAUUUAGACCCUCGCUCAGCUUCUGUGUCAUACUGAUUUCCCUGAAAGGUUAAUAUCACCGGGAAUGCGGUGCCUAGCCAAAAGUGGCCCCCGACCGUCACUCUCUCUGUCUUUAUCUCACCCUUUUGAUCUCCAAUCCAUCGGCAGGGAAAAGAAUGGCGCCAUUGUGCUUAAACUUGAUUAAAAGCUGGCAGAGACAUAAGCGGACCUUACAGUGUAUUUACACGAAUUCAUAAAUCUGUUACCGCCUUCUUUCAUCACACCUGUAGCUGUUGCUCAUCCUGUUAUGUUUUGCAUCUCUUUAAUCAUAAGGUUUAUACUUAUAAGUUGACAUAAAAAUCUUUUUCAAUUGGAAUAGUGAAACAACAUUGACCCCCAUUGACUUAUAUGGACACAAAACCAAAAAGAAAUGUCUCAAAAUAUCUUGUUUAUCACAAUAUCUUUGUUGUGUUCCAGAGAAGAAAAAGUCAUACAGGUGAACAACAUGAUGGUCAAUAAAGCAAAUCAUUGUAUUAGUUAUGAGUUCAUUAGGGUUUGCAAAACAAGUAUAACAAAGUAACAUAUCAGCUUUCAGUUUUGCACAACGACAUUUGACACUCAUUUAAGAAACUAAAGAAGAACAAAUUUCUGUCUAAAUUGUUAAUAAAAUCAAUUUGUGUGCAA